AUGAGUUCAGCAAAAACAAGUCCAAUUAAAACCAGUCCCACCAAAAAAGUUACAGCAUCCACAACAACUGCAACAGCAGAAUCAUCAUCAUCCACAACAACCGGCAAAACAGAUGAUCCAUUCUUAGAAACCUCCGCAGCAGUGGACGAAGAUGAGUUAGACCCAUCAAUAUUAUCCGAUCCCGAAGAUUAUCUAGAAGAAAACGAAUCACUUGAUAUGAAUCUCACAAAUGGAAAUCAAAAGGUUUGGUUAGUCAAAUUACCGAGAUAUCUUAUGGAAAAAUGGACAAGUGAAGAUAUGAUGAAUGGGAAACAAUUAGGAAUGGUUAAGAUUAAGAAAGACAUGGGCACCAAUGGGAAAUUACAAGUGAAAUUAGUCCUAAACCAAGAACAAGGCCAAUUAAUCAAAGAUGUCCCACAAGAAUAUGAUAUCAAGAUGUUGAAUACACAAGUGAGGAAUUCAUAUGCGUUUAGUGAAGAGAAUUUAAAGAAAUUUAAACAAGAAUUAACUGAAGUUUCAGGCAUGCCACCAACCCCAGCCCCUCCACCACCACAGGCAGAUCCUAAAGAUACCAAAAAGAAGAAAUUCGUGCCCCGGAAACAAUUUAAAUUCUUCCGUGUCCAAAAACAAGGCACCGAUGGACAACCAGUCCGGAAAUAUAUCCCAUUUGUGAAAACCAUCCCCAAGAAAACGUCAUUAAUGGGGAAAAUCGUUCAUGAUUGUCAAAUCAUCCCAUCGAGAAAUGAUCUGAAAUAUGGGGAAAUCUUAUUAAAUCGACAAAAUAUAACCCAAGGUCCACCAAGACCUAAAGUGACGCUAUUGAAUGAAAUCCCCGGUGUUAUUCAAUCGAAUGCCGGUCCAUCCAUUAAAGGAAGUAAUACAUCCGUGUUUUUGAAAUCAACCACGAGUGCAAAGAAGAAUGCAGAAGGGAGGGCAAUUAGAAUGCCAAAGAAGGAUUUAUUGGAUUUAUUGUUUCGAUUAUUUGAAGAAUAUGAAUAUUGGUCAAUGAAGGGGUUGAAAGAAAGAACAAGACAACCUGAAUCUUAUUUAAAGGAGUCCCUUGAUUCUAUUGCAAAUUUAAUUAAAAAGGGUCCAUAUACUUCGAAAUAUAAUUUAAAACCAGAAUAUAGAAAAUUGAGAGAUGCUGAAAGAGCAGUUAGACUAGGGUUGGAUACUACUGAGGAUAAUGAAAAUCAAGAUGAGGAUGAAGAUGAAGAAAUGGAAGAUGUUGUGUAG